AAUCGAGCGCAUCCAGAUCUGCGUGAACGCAGGUUCGUUGGUCUCUGAACUUCAAGCCCAACAUGGCUCCACUGAAGUUUAGUGCGAAUAUCUCCUGGCUGUUCUCUGAGCUUCCAGACUUCAGUCAGAGGAUGUCGGCGGCCGCUGCGGCCGGGUUUCAGGCUGUGGAGGCCGCCUGGCUCUACGACGCGGACCUGACGGAGCUCCAGAGAGCCAGAGAGGCUGCAGGAGUGGAGGUGGUCCUGAUCAACACCCCGCCUGGAGACGUUAAAGCAGGUGAUCUUGGUCUCGCAGCAGUUCCAGGGAGGGAGGGGGACUUUAGACAGGGUCUGGAUCAGACUUUAAAGUAUGCAAAAGGUUUGAACUGCAAGAUGAUCCACCUGAUGGCAGGUCGGGUUCCUGUGGACUCCCACAGACACCUGGUUGCUAAGGAGAUGGAGGCUGUCUUUGUGCAGAACCUAAAGUAUGCUGCUGACAUCCUCUCUAAGGAGGGAAUCACAGGACUGAUAGAACCAAUCAACACCAGGAUCACAGACCCUAGGUACUUUCUGGACUCUCCUCACCAGGCGGCAGCAAUACUGGAGAGUGUUGGAAAACCCAACAUCAAGCUACAAAUGGAUGUCUUUCACUGGCAAAUAAUGGAUGGAAACCUCACACAGAACAUGCACAAGUAUUUCCCCCUGAUAGGUCAUGUUCAGGUCGCCCAGGUUCCUGGCCGGAACGAACCCGACUCUGACGGAGAGCUGAACUACAGCUACCUGUUUCGUACGCUGGAACACCUCGGCUACCGGGGUUACAUCGGCUGUGAAUACAAACCCUUUGAGUCCACCACCAAGGGUCUGGGUUGGAUCCAGCAAUACUGGACACACGGAGCACAAUGAGCUCAGACAGAAGACACCUAUCUGGAGUUAUUUCUGUUUUAACUGCAAUGACCCUAUAAAGAUGAUCAGCCACAACAUUAGAACCACUCGGCCCAGCUCAGCAUUCCUUUGGAGACAACCAAGUCCUCCUGGUGGGGCAGGGGUUCAUUGCUGUAUGUUCUGAAGGACCAUCUGAAAACAUCAUCAAAACUCAGACCAAGUCUUGUUGAAGAUAUUAAACUGAAUAAUUUAAUCUUUAGUUCUAUAAUCACGUGUAGAACUGAUGCCUUAAUAUGCACAAAUAUUAAACAUUUAAAUGUUAACGAGA